AUGAAGUGGUCUAUUAUUCCAUUCCUGGCUUUCUUGGCCACCUACAUUCAUGCCGCGCCAGUCGGCACCGAAGCGGCUGCUCCCAAGCCAGUAGCCGAGCGCUAUCUCGAGGACCAAUGCAAAAGUUGGCAGCGCGCAGCUAUUCAAACGGCACGAGACAUGCUUUACAACUCCUACUCAUUGAAUGGGCAAGUAGUGGACUGUUUCCCUGAUCCACAUCUUUGUUAUAUCGUUCCUCUCGAAAAAAGAGAAGUAUCGUCAACACAAGAGCUUGGCGUUCAGCUCACUGUUGCGGGUAACUCCGCCGUCAAGGUCGUAGUGACGAACAACGGCGAUAUGGCUUUGAACCUUCUCAGGAGAACCACUCUCUUCGAUGAGAAGCUACCCGUCGAGCGCAUCUCGAUGUUCGCUAGCAACAGUUCUAUCAAGGUUCCUUUCGAAGGCAUCAGCGGGGUUUACCUUGAUACCGAUAACCUGUCCACAGACGACUUCCUUGUUCUUGAAGCUGGAGACAAGAAAGAGUUGACGAUUGAAGCUGCCUCUCUACACGAUCUCAGCAACGGCGGAAGCUUUGAUGUGUUCGCGAACGGCAUGCUGCAAUACGCCAACACCAACUCGACCGAGCUUGUUGGCCAUCUCCAAUACAGCUCCAACAAGCUCAGCAUCACUGUCAACGGUACCGAAGCGGCUACUCACAAGGCAGUAGCCGAACGUGCAGCCGAUCCCUACUUUUGCCGACGUACGUACUCCUUUCCAUCACAGACUCGCACAAACGCUGACGCAGGCUUCAUAGCUUUCAUGAAUGAUAUGAUCGCCGAGGCACAAUCGAACUGCCAAAAGCUAGCAUUGGGAGCAGCAGCUGCAGCUCGAGCCGGCCACCGCCAUCUCGAAACCUUCUUCCACUCGCGAACACAAGCUACGAAAGAUGCGGUUUCUGCCCGAUACACCGCAAUAGCACAAGAGUGCGCCAAACCUAGUGCAAGCUUGAAUCUCUACUGUCAUGACCGUCUCGGCCAUUGUAACGGUAACCUUGCAUACUACGGCCCGAUUGGUCUCGGCAUCACGUUCUGCGCUAGUUACUGGGACCUGCCGGCAGUAGCGAAAGGGCAAUGUUCAGCCAAGGAUCAGGGCACUAUACUUCUGCACGAGAUGACGCAUUCUUCAGAGGUGUAUAGCCCUCCUACCAAGGACUGGGCUUAUGACUAUCGGCCUUCCGUUAAGCUGUCUUCCGGGAAGGCACUGAACAACGCAGAUUCGUUCAAGCUGUUUGCAAACCGUAAGCUGAUGUCCUUCUACGACCGAUGA